CGCCGCGCUCAUGCGCACGAGCUGAUCAGCCCGCGCGGGCGGAAGUGUGGAGCCGCUGCACGGAGUGAGGGCUACCGCGCUUGCUGUGGGUGGGCGAGCGGCCGACAUGGCGCCCUCCGGGAGUCUCAGGAUCCCUGUGGCAGUGCUGCUGCUGUUGUUUUGGGGGGCUCCCUGGACCCACGGGCGGCGGAGCGACGUGCGGAUCAUCACGGACGAAAACUGGAGAGAGUUGCUGGAAGGAGAGUGGAUGAUAGAAUUUUAUGCUCCAUGGUGUCCUGCUUGUCAGAAUCUUCAACCAGAAUGGGAAAGUUUUGCCGAAUGGGGAGAAGAUCUUGAGGUUAAUGUUGCAAAAGUAGAUGUCACAGAGCAGCCAGGACUAAGUGGACGAUUUAUCAUAACUGCUCUUCCUACUGUUUAUCAUUGUAAAAAUGGUGAAUUUAGGCGCUAUCAGGGCCCAAGGACUAAGAAGGAUUUCAUAAACUUUAUAAGUGAAAAAGAGUGGAAGAGUAUUGAACCUGUUUCAUCAUGGGUUGGUCCAGGUUCUGUUUUGAUGAGUAGUAUGUCAGCACUCUUUCAGCUGUCUAUGUGGAUCAGGACUUACCAUAACUAUUUUAUUGAAGACCUUGGAUUACCGGUUUGGGGAUCAUAUACAGUGUUUGCUUUAGCAACUCUGCUUUCGGGACUAUUAUUAGGACUUUGCAUGAUAUUUGUGGCAGAUUGCCUGUGUCCUUCAAAAAGGCGCAGACCACAGCCAUACCCUUCCAAAAAAUUAUUACUAGAAUCUUCUCAACCUCUGAAAAAAGUGGAGGAAGAACAAGAGGCUGAUGAAGAAGAUGUUUCAGAAGAGGAACCUGAAAGCAAAGAAGGAAUAAACACAGACUUUGCACAGAAUGCCAUAAGACAACGUUCUGUGGCUCCUUCAUUGGCCACAGAUAAAUCUAGUUAAUUUGUACAAGUAUAUUCAUAUGAUUUUGACAAAAACAGAAGAUUGAUCAUUUCUUUUGGUUUGAAAUGAACUGUGACUUGCUUGUACAUUGCAGGGUUCAGUCUAGAUUGUCAUUAGGUUGAACAGUCUACUUUCAGAAAAUAAAAGUAGCAUUAUUUGAAAAAACAGGAUUUGAGAACAGUAUGGUGGUUCAAACAGUUGUUUAAUUUUUGAAAAAUCUGGUGCCAAGCAAUAAGAUUUCUGUAUGUUUGUUUCAUAAUAACCUUUUCAAGUCUGAGUUGAAAAAUUACAUUUCCCAAGUAUUGCAUUAUUGAGGUAUUUAAGGAGAUUACUUUAGAGAAAAAGAUUUCUCAUUUGAUACAAUUUUUCUCAGUUUCACUGUGUGAAAAAAAGAACAUAUUUCCCAUAAAUGGGAACUUUGCCCACUGUCUCAAGAAAUGUGUAUUUCAGUGACAACUGUGCGGUCCUUUUAGAGGUAAAGUCCAAAAUUUAGUCAUAGCUUUAGAGUAUGCAACUAAUAAACGCUACCUUACUUUAGUCACAGUUUUCUACAUAUGAUAAUACAGUAUAUGUUUAGGAAGAUUUUAUAAGCCCAUGGUGUUGUCUUGAUUCCUAUAAAAGGUUGGUUGCCUUUUUGUUCUCCUCUGUUCAGUAUGAUUUGUAUUUUUCUUACCAUGAGUUACAUUUUUCAUUUUCCAAAUUGGAUAAUUUCCUGGAAAUGUUUUUCAUGGUUUAAUAAAUUGUUUCAAACUGAAGUUUACUGAGGAAUCCUUAAAAGUGAAGAGGCAUCUACUGAUAAUUUAAAAUCUUGGCUACUUGUUUCAGGGCUUCCCUGGUGGCGCAGUGGUUGAGAGUCUGCCUGCCAAUGCACAGGACACGGGUUCGUGCCCCGGUCCGGGAAGAUCCCACAUGCCGCAGAGCGGCUGGGCCCGUGAGCCAUGGCCACUGAGCCUGCGCGUCUGGAGCCUGUGCUCCGCAACAGGAGAGGCCACAGCAGUGAGAGGCCCGCGUACCACAAAAAAAAAAAAAACAAAAAAAAAACAAAUAAAAUCUUGGCUACUUGUUUCAGAUUUUACAUCAUGUUGAACCUCUACUUGAACUUUUUUUGGAUGUGAAGGUGAACAUUCCUGAUUUUUAUUUGAUUUUGUGUAAAAGCCUUGGUAUUUUACAUUUUGAAAAUUCACAGUAGCUUAAUUUGAUAUAAAGUUAGCAUUCUACUCAGGAAAAAGCAUCUUGUAGUGUAUGUUUUCAAUGUGUAUUUGUCCUCAUACAGAAAGUUCUUAAUUGAUUUUCCAAAGUCAAUGUAUGCUUGAUGUCUUAAACUCAUAAAAGUCUUACGUUUUUGAAAAGACAAACUCCGUAUUCUACUGCACUUUCUGUUGUGUGGUAUUUCACAGGUGGGUAUCAGCAAGGUGGGACAUUUAAUAUAUUUUUACUCCUUGAAGAGUUUAAGAAUAGAGUUUUCACCUUACAGCAAAAGAGGGGGUGGGCGGACAUGUGCGGCGGCAGUAGAGAACUGUGUUAGCUACAAUAAGGGGAAAAAGCAUAAAUAUUUAGAAUGGAUCACCUCUCCAUUAUGGUAAUAGACAAUUUCUGUAAUGUCCCCUUUCAUCUAGGUUCUGCUGCUGUGUGAAUCCAUUAGACUUGCAAUAUCAUAAUGUACAACAGUUUUCUUUAAAGGCCUUUCCUUUAGAAUAUUAAAUAUUCUACCAUUGAAGAGUUUGGAUGUGUAAUUUUGUGAUGCUUUAGAAAAAUAAUCUAAGCAC